UCAGUCUGCCACAACACUGCCCUGUUGAACUCCACUACUACAGCCACAACACUGCCCUCUGGAACUCCACUAUUACAGCCACAACACUGCCCUGUGGAACUCCACUACUACAGCCACAACACUGCCCUGUGGAACUCCACUAUUACAGCCACAACACUGCCCUGUGGAACUCCACUAUUACAGCCACAACACUGCCCUGUGGAACUCCACUACUACAGCCACAACACUGCCCUGUGGAACUCCACUAUUACAGCCACAACACUGCCCUGUGGAACUCCACUACUACAGCCACAACACUGCCCUGUGGAACUCCACUACUACAGCCACAACACUGCCCUGUUGAACUCCACUGUUACAGCCACAACACUGCCCUGUGGAACUCCACUACUACAGCCACAACACUGCCCUGUGGAACUCCACUAUUACAGCCACAACACUGCCCUGUGGAACUCCACUAUUACAGCCACAACACUGCCCUGUGGAACUCCACUAUUACAGCCACAACACUGCCCUGUGGAACUCCACUACUACAGCCACAACACUGCCCUGUGGAACUCCACUAUUACAGCCACAACACUGCCCUGUGGAACUCCACUAUUACAGCCACAACACUGUCCUGUUGAACUCCACUAUUACAGCCACACCACUGUCCUGUGGAAAUCCACUAUUACAGCCACAACACUGCCCUGUUGAACUCCACUAUUACAGCCACAACACUGCCCUGUGGAAAUCCACUAUUACAGCCACAACACUGCCCUGUGGAACUCCACUAUUACAGCCACAACACUGCCCUGUGGAACUCCACUAUUACAGCCACAACACUGCCCUGUGGAACUCCACUACUACAGCCACAACACUGCCCUGUGGAACUCCACUAUUACAGCCACAACACUGUCCUGUGGAACUCCACUAUUACAGCCACAACAAUGCCCUGUGGAACUCCACUACUACAGCCACAACACUGCCCUGUGGAACUCCACUAUUACAGCCACACCACUGUCCUGUGGAACUCCACUAUUACAGCCACAACACUGUCCUGUGGAACUCCACUAUUACAGCCACAACACUGCCCUGUGGAACUCCACUAUUACAGCCACAACACUGCCCUGUGGAACUCCACUACUACAGCCACAACACUGCCCUGUGGAACUCCACUAUUACAGCCACAACACUUCCCUGUGGAACUCCACUAUUACAGCCACAACACUGUCCUGUGGAACUCCACUAUUACAGCCACAACACUGUCCUGUGGAACUCCACUAUUACAGCCACAACAAUGCCCUGUGGAACUCCACUAUUACAGCCACAACACUGCCCUGUGUAACUCCACUAUUACAGCCACAACACUGGCCUGUGGAACUCCACUACUAUUUGUAGAGCAUUAAGAUCAUCAGUGUGUUAGAGUUUCUUUUCAAACCGGUAUACAGUUUUUCUACAUGCAUCUGGAAAUACGAUUCGUGUGUGAUUUAUUCUAUUUUCUAACUCUGCUGCUAUGACAGCGCACUGGGCUGAUGAUAGAGAAACAUGUGUCAGUGGUUGUGUGUCUGUGUGUCUGUCUGUCUGUGUGUCUGUCUGUCUGUGUGUCUCUCUGUGUGUGUGUGUGUGUUUUUCUCUUUGUGGGUGGAUGGGUGGGUGGGUGGGUGUGUUUGGGUGAGUGGGUGGGUGUGUGUGUGUAGGUGGUAGCUUAGUGGUUAAGAGCGUUGGGCCAGUAAUCGAAAGGUCGCUGGUUCAAAUCCCUGAGCCGACUAUGUGAAAAAUCUGUCGAUGUGCCCUUGAGCAAGGCACUUAACCCUAAUUGCUCCUGUAAGUCGCUCUGGAUAAGAGUGUCUGCUAAAUGACAAAAAUGUAUGUGUGUGUGUGUGUUUGUUUCUGCCUGCUUCCAUGAGUGUGUAUUUGCUUUAUUAAUAACGAUCGUAUUUGAGCGAUUUCCAAUUUUAACGAUAAGGUUAAAAAAUACAUUGUGAGUCAUAAAGGGAGCAAGCUCAUCACAUUGAUAUCAUUUAUUACUGUAGUUAUCAGAACAGAGAACAGCUAUUAGGCUUUUAAGCCCUGGGUGGGUGAGUGGAAAUAAAUAGUACCCUAUUUCCUAUAUAGUGCACUACUUUUGACCAGAGACGAUAUAGGAAAAAGGGUGCCAUUUGGGACGCAGAUAUAAAAAGACAACGAUGGAAAACUAAUUUCACCUUAAAACAGAAUCUCACUCGUUGAUCUCCCUGCAAUCACUUUUCCAAUCAGGUACAGUAGAAGUGAGUGGCCACAACUACUAUACACUUUGGCUGGUGAGCAAAGAUGCGUGUCAGCUGUCUCUAACCUCUGACUUCCCAAGAUAAUAAUUGUCCCUGUUUUUGUUCCUGUGUAACUCAAGCAUGCCACACACACACACUCCACAGACAUCUAAUCCUCAUCUUUCGUCACCUCUCACAACUUCUCCACUUAGCUUUCACACCUCAUUGACCAGAAAAUGAGUAGACAGAACAAAGGGCCAGAUCAGCAUCCACAGCAGAAAUGUCAAUCAGUUACAGAACUUUGCUUCAUUACUUUGUUUCUCAAACACCCUACCAAAUACUUAUGGCCUUUGUUUUUAGUAGAGUCGAAGGAAGUGCCACUUCUGAUGCUAAUAGAAUAUUAUUUUUUCAUUUUUUAUUUAUUUUUUACCUUUAUUUAACCAGUUGAGAACAAGUUCUCAUUUACAACUGCGACCUGGCCAAGAUAAAGCAAAGCAGUGCGAUAAAAACAACAACACAGAGUUACAUAUGGGGUAAAACAAAACAUAAAGCCAAAAAUACAACAAUACAAUAGAAUGAUGUUGCCAGAUAUUUCAGUUGCAAAAUAUCACCCACUUUAUUGAACUCAUCUAAUGCUGGUACAGCGCUGGUUAAUAGACAUGCUGGUAUAUACAGAGUAGAGUGUAAAACAUCUUACCCCAGGCCAGGACUCACUUGGGUUGCGUUACACACGCAGCCCAAUUCAUAUCUUUACACAUCAGAUCUUUUUCCGAUCUGAUUGCUGAAAAGACCAAUUACUGGAAAAGAAAAUCUGAAUUGGGCUGCGUGUGUAAACGCAGCCUUGGUGUCUACCACAGAAGAAGGAAAUGGAGCAUUCAGAUACAUGCAAUGAUCUCUGGGGAUUAUUAGGAACGGACAAACAGAUUUAUGUUGUGGUGUGUUAAACGCCUUCCUCUGAGCCUUUAGUAGUCUAGUCUUCUUUCAUCAAUCAAUCAACCAAUCAAUCAUCCACUAAAUCAAUCAACCACUCAAUCAAUUAAGCAAUCAAGCAAUCCAUUAAUCUAACCCCAUCUCUCUGUCGCCACCUGUAGGUUUCGGGAUGUCCACUCCGGUGACGGUAGCAGGGAAGGUGUUCCUGAUUGUCUACGGUCUCCUCGGCUGUGCCGCCACCAUCUUGUUCUUUAACCUCUUCCUGGAACGCAUUAUCACCCUCCUGGCCGUGGUCAUGAAGGCCGUGAGGGAACGUCGCAUCCGGAACUCCGGCCUCCUCCCGCCGGGUAUCCGCCAUGACUUCUCGGCGUGUUCUUUCCCGGGGUGGAAGCCAUCGGUCUACCACGUCAUGUUGAUCCUGGGGAUAUCCGCCAUCAUCAUCUCCUGCUGCGCCUCAGCCAUGUACACCCCCGUGGAGGGAUGGGCCUACCUGGACUCACUCUACUUCUGCUUCGUCACAUUCAGGUAAGGUCGGAGGUUGGAGAGAUGGGCCAGACAGCAACCGGCUGGAGGGUUCUCUGUACGAAUCUUGAGUCUGACUGAAGGGGAAAUCUGAUGGAUAGUAAAUACCAUAUCCUAUCGUUUUGCCCUUGAUCAAGGCACUGCACUGUGGCUGGCCCUGUUCUUCAACCUUUUCGUGGGUGUGUCUAUGUGUAUGUCUCUUUCCCAAACUUCCCUGGUUUUCCAGAAAUCCCGGUUGGAAGAUUCCUGGGUAGAACUUUAUAAUAACUCCACGUAAUAAAGGAUUCAUAAUGGAUUAGUAAACCGUUAUUAAUCAUUACUCCCACAUUUGUAAAUGUUAGUAACCUAGUUAUUCACACAUUUAUAAACCACUUUUAAAGUAUUUAAUAAUGAUUUAUAAGAUCAUAAGAAAGGUCCUUAUAAACCAUUUCCUGAUAAUUAUUUAAGUAUUUUUGAGUACCCUCAUCUAAAGGGUGGGCUAUUUAUACUUUAUAAAUACUUCAUAAAUGUUUUGAGUGACCAGUGUAAUUUCUCACCAAAAUAUGGACAUGCCAUUGGUAGACAUUCCAGCAGUACCUGCUGCUCCUUAAGGUCUCAGAACGGCCCCUAGAACAUAUCAAUGGUUAAACUAUGAGCACACAAGGAUAUUGAAGUUAAGAAAAUAUAUAGAAAAUGAGCGUUUCUUGGCAGUGACUUUUCUACCAAAACCAGUGUGUGGAUUGCAGUCUCCUUAGAGAAGUGUUUUUUUCUGUGAUAUAUUUUUCCCAGGGACGGGAUCCUAAUAAAAAUCAUAGAAAAUCUGUAUAAUCUCGGUUAACCCAGAACUGUUAGAAAUUGGGAGUUCCAGUUUGCAAAAGGAAACUCUCAGCCAAUGAAUACACUACAAGCAGGACAUUUCCUGCAACAACAUGGUCAUCAAAUUUAGAUCCAACACCUGUCACAUUUCUUCCUCAAUCACAUAUCAGUAGUAAUGAAGGAAUAAAAACCCACCAGAGAAAAACUGUCUGGUCCAGCCAGCUGUUGUGUUUAGGCUACAUCUCCCUGUUGUAGGAUUAGUUUGCGUUUGCGGGGUUGAUUAACUCCUCCUCAAGUCCUUUCAACAGUUGCUUCACAACUGUUUUUAUGAAUAAAAUGUUCAAUAUAUUUCCUUUAACAUCCUGUGUUGUGUGAUUACUGUGAUUACUCUUUCACCAUUGAAGACCUUAAGGAGCAUGUCCAUCCUUUAGUGAAAAAUGACAUUGGUCACGCAAAACAUUUAUAAAGUAUUUAUAAAGUAUAAAUAGCCCACACUUUUUAAAUGAGGCCACACAAAAAUACUUAACUAAUGAUUAGGACAUCGUUUAUACGGACCUAUAUUAAACAUAUUUUGAAGGGAGUAAUGAUUAAUAAAUUAUUAAUAAACUCUUUACUAAUCCAUUAUCGAUGCUUUAUUAAGUGGAGUUAUUAUAAAGUGCUACCGAUUCCUAAAAUUAGGAGGUAAUAAGUAGGAAAUUCUCCAACCGGAUUUCUAGAAAACUGGGGAAUUUGGGGAAAGUUACUGAAAUUCUGAACUCUAGUCUUAUUUUUCUACUUCAACUUUUUCUUCCUCCUCCUCCUCCUGCUCCUCCUCCUCCGCCUCCUCCUCUUGCUCCUCCUUCAGUACCAUCGGCUUUGGGGACCUGGUGUCGAGCCAGAGAGCAGACUAUGAGUACCAGCCGCUGUACCGUCUGGCCAACUGCCUGUUCAUCCUCAUGGGCGUAUGCUGCAUCUACUCUCUGUUCAAUGUUAUCUCCAUCGUCAUCAAACAGGUAGAUUUAGAACAACGACCACAAUGGAAAUAAGUCUGUUGACAAUAUUGUUUUUUAUGUCUGUUGACAAUAUAAUUUUUAUGUAUGCAUUGUUGUACUCAAAUGGCUGAGGCAACUCUAUCUGUAUUUUAUAUGUCUAAUCAAAUUUCUUCCAUCAUUCAGGUGCUCAACUGGAUGCUUCAGAACUUAUGCUGCCAGCGGUGCAACAUCAAGUCCAACUCUUUCCCGUUGGGUCGCCGCAACGCCAUCCGGCCUGGUUCGAGAAUCCGUAAAGGUCGCUUCGGAAUCAGACGCACGCCGGACUCGGGGGAUUCGGGACCCUGCGACAGUGACACGGAGGGAGGAGGACGCAGACUCUCAGGAGAGAUGAUUUCAAUGAAGGACCUGACGGCCUCUAAUAAGGUCUCACUUGCACUCAUGCAGAAGCAGUUAUCAGAGUCCGCUAACGGUUAUCCCAGGACGGUGUGUGGCGGCUCGAGACAUAACGGGUUCUCUGGAGGAGUGGGCGCUCUGGGGAUCAUGAACAACAUGCUGGCAGAGACCAGCAACUCCAGGUAG